AUGUCACACUCCAACAACACCUUCUACCUAACAGGCCUCCCAGGACUUGAGGCUGUGUUCACCUGGCUCUCCAUCCCCCUGUGUGCCAUGUACGUGGCAUCCUUGGCAGGGAACAGUUUGAUCCUGUGGGUAGUGAAGUCAGAACCCUCCUUGCAUCAACCCAUGUACUAUUUUCUGUCUAUGCUGGCAGUCACUGAUCUGGGCCUGUCUGCCUCCACAAUGCCCACCAUGCUAACCAUCUACAUGUUGGGCUUCACUGAGGUGGCAGUGGAUGCGUGCUUGGCACAGCUCUUCUUCAUCCACACAUUCUCCAUCAUGGAGUCCUCUGUUCUUCUGACUAUGGCCUUUGACCGUUUUGUGGCCAUUAGCAACCCUCUUCGCUAUGGCACCAUUCUUACAAACACUCGAAUUGCCAGCUUAGGUUUGGCCAUUGUGGUGCGCAGUAUUGGUCUCCACAUCCCAGCUCCCAUCAUGUUGAAGAAGUUGCCUUACUGCCAGAAUCGCCACCUUUCCCACUCCUACUGCCUACACCCGGAUGUCAUGAAGCUGGGCUGUGUUGACACCCGUAUCAAUAGUGCAUAUGGUCUCUUUGUUGUGCUCUCCACACUGGGCACCGACUCAGUGCUCAUUGUCCUCUCCUAUGGGAUGAUCCUGCAAACAGUGCUCUCCAUUGCCUCCAAGGCUGAACGCCUCAAAGCGCUCAACACGUGUGUCUCCCACAUAUGUGCUGUGCUGCUCUUCUAUACACCUAUGAUUGGACUGUCCAUGAUUCACCGAUUUGGAAAGCGGGCUUCCCCGUGUAGCCGCGUGUUGCUUUCCUAUCUUCAUUUUCUCACACCGCCAGUACUCAAUCCACUUGUUUACACUAUCAAGACCCAGCAGAUUCGGCAAAGGAUGAUGCGUCUCUUAAGGUUGGAUAGGGGCGGCAUCAGAGACAUCCAAGGACAUUAA